AUGGACGUCUGUUUGAUGUUGUUACUGGGAUUGUCCUCGGUGACUCUGGGAAAAGGAACAACUGCAGCCGUCAGAAACAACUGCAGACGUCAGGAACAACUGCAGACGUCAGGAACAACUGCAGACGUCAGAAACAACUGCAGACGUCAGGAACAACUGCAGACGUCAGGAACAACUGCAGACGUCAGGAACAACUGCAGACGUCAGGAACAACUGCAGACGUCAGAAACAACUGCAGACGUCAGGAACAACUGCAGACGUCAGGAACAACUGCAGACGUCAGAAACAACUGCAGACGUCAGGAACAACUGCAGACGUCAGGAACAACUGCAGACGUCAGGAACAACUGAAGAACAACUGCAGACGUCAGAAAUAACUGCUGACGUCAGCAACAACUGCAGACGUCAGAAACAACUGCUGACGUCAGGAACAACUGCAGACGUCAGGAACAACUGCAGACGUCAGAAACAACUGCAGACCAACAACUGCAGACGUCAGAAACAACUGCUGACGUCAGGAACAACUGCAGACGUCAGGAACAACUGCAGACGUCAGAAACAACUGCAGACGUCAGGAACAACUGCUGACGUCAGGAACAACUGCAGACGUCAGGAACAACUGCAGACGUCAGGAACAACUGCAGACGUCAGGAACAACUGCAGACGUCAGGAACAACUGCAGACGUCAGGAACAACUGCAGAACAACUGCAGACGUCAAAAACAACUGCAGACGUCAGGAACAACUGCAGACGUCAGCAACAACUGCUGACGUCAGAAACAACUACUGACGUCAGGAACAACUGCAGACGUCAGCAACAACUGCUGACGUCAGGAACAACUGCUGACAUCAGGAACAACUGCAGAUGUCAGAAACAACUGCAGACGCCAGGAACAACUGCAGACGUCAGGAACAACUGCAGAACAACUGCAGACGUCAGCAACAACUGCAGACGUCAGGAACAACUGCAGACGUCAGCAUCAACUGCAGACGUCAGGAACAACUGCAGACAUCAGCAACAACUGCAGACGUCAGAAACAACUGCUGACGUCAGGAACAACUGCAGACGUCAGCAACAACUGCAGAUGUCAGAAACAACUGCAGACGCCAGGAACAACUGCAGACGUCAGGAACAACUGCAGAUGUCAGAAACAACUGCAGACGUCAGCAACAACUGCAGACGAACAACUGCAGACGUCAGCAACAACUGCAGACGUCAGAAACAACUGCAGACGUCAGCAACAACUGCAGACGUCAGGAACAACUGCAGACGUCAGGAACAACUGCAGAACAACUGCAGACGUCAGCAACAACUGCAGACGUCAGCAACAACUGCAGACGUCAGGAACAACUGCAGACGUCAGGAACAACUGCAGAACAACUGCAGACAUCAGCAACAACUGCAGACGUCAGAAACAACUGCUGACGUCAGGAACAACUGCAGACGUCAGCAACAACUGCAGAUGUCAGAAACAACUGCAGACGCCAGGAACAACUGCAGACGUCAGGAACAACUGCAGAUGUCAGAAACAACUGCAGACGUCAGCAACAACUGCAGAUGUAAGGAACAACUGAAGAACAACUGCAGACAUCAGCAACAACUGCAGACGUCAGAAACAACUGCUGACGUCAGGAACAACUGCAGACGUCAGCAACAACUGCAGACGUCAGAAACAACUGCUGACGUCAGGAACAACUGCAGACGUCAGCAACAACUGCAGACGUCAGGAACAACAUCAGACGUCAGCAACAACUGCAGACGUCAGGAACAACUGCAGACGUCAGGAACAACUGCAGAACAACUGCAGACGUCAGACACAAAUGCAGACGUCAGAAACAACUGCAGACGUCAGGAACAACUGCAGACGUCAGCAACAACUGCUGACGUCAGGAACAACUGCAGACGUCAGAAACAACUGCAGACGUCAGCAACAACUGCUGACGUCAGAAACAACUGCAGACGUCAGCAACAACUGCAGAACAACUGCAGACGUCAGCAACAACUGCAGACGUCAGGAACAACUGCAGACGUCAGCAACAACUGCAGACGUCAGCAACAACUGCAGACGUCAGGAACAACUGCAGACGUCAGGAACAACUGCAGAACAACUGCAGACAUCAGCAACAACUGCAGACGUCAGAAACAACUGCUGACGUCAGGAACAACUGCAGACGUCAGCAACAACUGCAGAUGUCAGAAACAACUGCAGACGCCAGGAACAACUGCAGACGUCAGGAACAACUGCAGAUACAUCAGCAACAACUGCAGACGUCAGAAACAACUGCUGACGUCAGGAACAACUGCAGACGUCAGCAACAACUGCAGACGUCAGAAACAACUGCUGACGUCAGGAACAACUGCAGACGUCAGCAACAACUGCAGACGUCAGGAACAACAUCAGACGUCAGCAACAACUGCAGACGUCAGGAACAGCUGCAGACGUCAGGAACAACUGCAGAACAACUGCAGACGUCAGACACAAAUGCAGACGUCAGAAACAACUGCAGACGUCAGGAACAACUGCAGACGUCAGCAACAACUGCUGACGUCAGGAACAACUGCAGACGUCAGAAACAACUGCAGACGUCAGCAACAACUGCUGACGUCAGAAACAACUGCAGACGUCAGCAACAACUGCAGAACAACUGCAGACGUCAGCAACAACUGCAGACGUCAGGAACAACUGCAGAACAACUGCAGACGUCAGAAACAACUGCAGACAUCAGGAACAACUGCAGACGUCAGAAACAACUGCAGACGUCAGGAACAACUGCAGACGUCAGAAACAACUGCAGACGUCAGGAACAACUGCAGACGUCAGGAACAACUGCAGACGUCAGGAACAACUGAAGAACAACUGCAGACGUCAGAAACAACUGCUGACGUCAGCAACAACUGCAGACGAACAACUGCAGACGUCAGGAACAACUGCAGACGUCAGGAACAACUGCAGACGUCAGGAACAACUGCAGACGUCAGGAACAACUGCAGACGUCAGGAACAACUGCAGACGUCAGGAACAACUGCAGACGUCAGGAACAACUGCAGAACAACUGCAGACGUCAAAAACAACUGCAGACGUCAGGAACAACUGCAGACGUCAGCAUCAACUGCAGACGUCAGGAACAACUGCAGACAUCAGCAACAACUGCAGACGUCAGAAACAACUGCUGACGUCAGGAACAACUGCAGACGUCAGCAACAACUGCAGAUGUCAGAAACAACUGCAGACGCCAGGAACAACUGCAGACGUCAGGAACAACUGCAGAUGUCAGAAACAACUGCAGACGUCAGCAACAACUGCAGAUGUAAGGAACAACUGAAGAACAACUGCAGACAUCAGCAACAACUGCAGACGUCAGAAACAACUGCUGACGUCAGGAACAACUGCAGACGUCAGCAACAACUGCAGACGUCAGAAACAACUGCUGACGUCAGGAACAACUGCAGACGUCAGCAACAACUGCAGACGUCAGGAACAACUGCAGACGUCAGCAACAACUGCAGACGUCAGGAACAACUGCAGACGUCAGGAACAACUGCAGAACAACUGCAGACGUCAGACACAAAUGCAGACGUCAGAAACAACUGCAGACGUCAGGAACAACUGCAGACGUCAGCAACAACUGCUGACGUCAGGAACAACUGCAAACGUCAGAAACAACUGCAGACGUCAGCAACAACUGCUGACGUCAGAAACAACUGCAGACGUCAGCAACAACUGCAGAACAACUGCAGACGUCAGCAACAACUGCAGACGUCAGGAACAACUGCAGAACAACUGCAGACGUCAGAAACAACUGCAGACGUCAGGAACAACUGCAGACGUCAGAAACAACUGCAGACGUCAGGAACAACUGCAGACGUCAGGAACAACUGCAGACGUCAGGAACAACUGAAGAACAACUGCAGACGUCAGAAACAACUGCUGACGUCAGCAACAACUGCAGACGUCAGGAACAACUGCAGACGUCAGAAACAACUGCAGACGUCAGGAACAACUGCUGACGUCAGGAAAAACUGCAGACGUCAGGAACAACUGCAGACGUCAGGAACAACUGCAGACGUCAGGAACAACUGCAGACGUCAGGAACAACUGCAGACGUCAGGAACAACUGCAGACGUCAGGAACAACUGCAGAACAACUGCAGACGUCAAAAACAACUGCAGACGUCAGGAACAACUGCAGACGUCAGCAACAACUGCUGACGAACAACUGCUGACGUCAGGAACAACUGCAGAUGUCAGAAACAACUGCAGACGCCAGGAACAACUGCAGACGUCAGGAACAACUGCAGAACAACUGCAGACGUCAGCAACAACUGCAGACGUCAGGAACAACUGCAGACGUCAGCAUCAACUGCAGACGUCAGGAACAACUGCAGACAUCAGCAACAACUGCAGACGUCAGCAACAACUGCUGACGUCAGGAACAACUGCAGACGUCAGCAACAACUGCAGAUGUCAGAAACAACUGCAGACGCCAGGAACAACUGCAGACGUCAGGAACAACUGCAGAUGUCAGAAACAACUGCAGACGUCAGCAACAACUGCAGACGUCAGGAACAACUGCAGACGUAAGGAACAACUGAAGAACAACUGCAGACAUCAGCAACAACUGCAGACGAACAACUGCAGACGUCAGCAACAACUGCAGACGUCAGGAACAACUGCAGACGUCAGAAACAACUGCAGACGUCAGAAACAACUGCUGACGUCAGAAACAACUGCAGACGUCAGCAACAACUGCAGACGUCAGCAACAACUGCAGAACAACUGCAGACUUCAGCAACAACUGCAGAACAACUGCAGACGUCAGACACAAAUUCAGACGUCAGAAACAACUGCAGACGUCAGGAACAACUGCAGACGUCAGCAACAACUGCUGACGUCAGGAACAACUGCAGACGUCAGAAACAACUGCAGACGUCAGAAACAACUGCUGACGUCAGAAACAACUGCAGACGUCAGCAACAACUGCAGAACAACUGCAGACGUCAGCAACAACUGCAGACGUCAGGAACAACUGCAGAACAACUGCAGACGUCAGCAACAACUGCAAACGUCAGGAACAACUGCUGACGUCAGAAACAACUGCAGAAGUCAGCAACAACUGCAGAACAACUGCAGACGUCAGCAACAACUGCAGACGUCAGGAACAACUGCAGAACAACUGCAGACGUCAGCAACAACUGCAAACGUCAGGAACAACUGCAGACAUCAGGAACAACUGCAGACGUCAGAAACAACUGCAAACGUCAGGAACAACUGCAGACGUCAGGAACAACUGCAGACGUCAGAAACAACGGCAGACGUCAGGAACAACUGCAGACGUCAGGAACAACUACAGACGUCAGGAACAACUGCAGACGUCAGCAGCCACGGCUGCACCAAUGUUGGCGCCAGAUUCAAAAUUCAAAUGUAG